AAACGACCAAUACAGUUUGUGAUAACACCAUAUUGGGAACACUUUAAACACGCUUGUGUUCUAGUAUAGUCUUGGAUUACACGAGAUCCUGCAUGAUGUUGGGACCGUUUGCCCUGCUUGCCGUUUUGUCUGUUACUACAGCUACUUACCAGUGUGUCUGCAGCUACUACCCGACACGAAAUGUCUAUGACCAGAUGUCGACAUCCGGUCAAGUGGUCGGUAUCAUGAAAGAGUCUGACUGCAAGCCUCUGGCGAACCUUACCGGAAACCCCGCGUGGAUCGCCCUCCAAAUUGAGCACAAGUUGGGUUACAUCGAGACCGGCGAACAAGUGGAGGCCCAGGCGUGCGAGGGAGAUCCGUCCACCAGUGACCUCCUAACUUCGAGUGGCAGCACCGAUAUGACGACUGGUAUGAUGAGCUCAACAUCCGGUAUGAUGUCAUCCACUUCCGGUAUGAUGUCAUCAACAAUGUUACCAGUCGUAACUUCGGGUCCUCUGACAGGAGGUACCUAUGGCUGUUCACAGAAGUACUACCAGUUUGCUGCCAACGAGAACGGGGUAUUAUUCACUAUCGAUGACACGUGUUACGAGCUCGUGCCAACCCAGCACACGUGGUCGUUCGCGGAGGGCGACUGUCGCCAACGUGGAGGACAUUUGGUUACCAUAGAUACCGCAGCUAAACAGAAUGUCAUAUAUGAGGUUGUAAAGAACUACCAGGGUUCCAACGUCUGGAUCGGUCUCCAUGACAAACUCACCGAGGAUGUAUUCCAGUGGGUUUCAGGUGACCAAGUCUCCUACACAAACUGGUAUCCCGGGCACAGGAACCCAUUUUCUCAUACCGUCGACGACUGUGUAUCGCUCUGGUUGGGCGGCCAUGCCGGACAGUGGGAAGAUGAACGUUGCACGCACUACUAUGCAUACAUCUGCGAGUUUGACGCCGUGACCGGAAGCGCUAUCGGCACUACAGGAGCAACGUUACCACCUCAAAACCUAAUUGAAGGCGACAUCCAUCUGUGUCCACUGAAGCUGCAGACGCUGUCAGUGCAGUACCAGACGACAGUUGCUCAGCAUGGCAAUAGUUGCUAUGAGUUACUGCACAACAGGGUCACGUGGGCGCAUGCAGAAAAUCUGUGUCACCAGGCUGGCGGCCACUUAGCUGACAUUGGGGACGCAGCGGAGCAGCAGUACAUCCAGACGUUUAUGAUGCAAAAUAGUGCCGACCACGCCGUUUGGAUCGGUCUUAAUGACCACAACACCGAGGGAGCAUUUCAAUGGACGUCUGGCAAGCCGGUUACUUUUACAAACUGGAUCCCCGGUCACAAUGACAACUUUGUGGGCCACAACCUCGAGGACUGUGUAGCCUUCGUACCCUACAAGAAUGGCACAUGGGACGACAUUUCCUGUGGGUCGCAGAGCGUCUUUGGGGACGGCGGUGAGACACACCCGGGCUUCUGUGAAUAUGAACUGAUACACCCAGUUUCAGGAGUACAGAUUGUUGGUUAAAGACGAACCCUGAUCGACACCGG